AUGCUGGAAACUUACAAUGAACAGGUAAGAGAUUUGCUCUCUAGAACCAAAAAACCUGGAGGACUGAAAGUGAGAGGGGAUCGGCGGCUGGGAUUUUACAUAGAAGGUCUGAAGUUGGGGCCUUGUAAGGACUAUGCACAAAUCGAAAGGCUGAUGGAACAAGGAAUGAGAGUGAGACACGUGGAGAGGACCAUGGCGUCGACCCAUGUGAACGCCAGCAGCAGCCGGCCCCACGUGGUCGUCCCCAUCCAGGUCAAGCAGGUUUUCCUAGACAGAGACCUCACCAAACAAUCCAGCAUUAAUUUGGUGGAUUUAGCAGGAGGUAAAAGGCAGAAAUCUUCAGGAUCCGGAGACAGACUGAGGGAAGGAUCACGAGUGAACUUAAGUUUAACCAACUUAGGAAAUGUUAUCAGUGCUCUGGCUGACGCAGCCAUGGGGAAGAAAAUCUUGCACAUUCCCUACAGAGGUUCUGUGCUGACCAAACUGCUCUGGUCGGCUCUGGGUGGGAACAGCAGAACUACAGUGAUGACAGCUGUAAGUCUGGCUGACAUCUGCUACGAGGAAACUUUAUCCACAUGGAGAUACGCUGAAAGGGCUAAAAAGAUCCAGAACAAAGCUGUGGUCAAGACCUGGACGCUGAGGACAGCAUCGAGGGCAGAGAACAGCAAGCUGCUGUUCAGAUGUGGGGACUGCAGACUGGUGGAUCCCCCUGCCUGCCUCCUGGCGUGACAGCGGCUGGGGACUCACGCUCAUCAGGUGACCUGGGCACAGCUGCUGGAGCAGGAGUGGAGAGAGUGGGAGCAGCAGCACGUGGCCCUUGCCCAGCUCCCAUUUAGGGGUGCUGUGAACGAGGGGGACGGCAGAGCAGACCCCAGGGUCCUGGCCAUGUUCCAGGACUACGUCAAACUGAUGUCGCUGGUUGCAGAAGCAAAUCAGUUGAGUGACGAGCUGGAGGAGGGACUUAAAAUGGAGCUGAAGGUGAAGAAUUUGGCAUCGUCAGAUUCCAGGGGCUACGAGCUACAAAAAGAGGUCAUGGUGAAGGUGACCAACCAGAGGACUCACGAGGUGUGGAUUUGGUCAAAAGCCAAGAUUAUCAAUAGGAAGUUCCUAAUGGAAGAACUUUAGCAGCACUUUCUAGAUGGGGAAGACAGCCACGUGGCUCAAGACGACGACCCUUUCUGGGAUCCUGUGGAGGUCAUGCCCCUGGGUUCAGCGCACAUCUGGCUGCAGUCACUUGCCUACUGCACGAAGCUGGAGGAGCAGAUGGAGGUCCUGAACUGCGAUGGGCUGGAGGAGGUGGUGCUGCACAUCUGCAUAGCUCCCUGCUCCCCGACAGGACAAGCACGUGGUGAGGAUGUGGUUAUUGACCCUUUGGAGCUGCUGGGCAAGAGGAUCGAUUUCUAGAUUCACGUUGUCCGGCGCCUUGGCGUGUGGCUCAAGGAAGAUGCAGAGCAGGGCAUUCAGAUAGGGUUCCAGCCUGCACCACCAGCCCUCUGCACAUGCCACCCGCCGCGGCUGUGCUGCAAAGCAGUCUUUCCUCAAGUUUUACAAAUGACCUUAUCAUGA